AUGAGUCUUCUCACGGACAAGCAGCAGGAGGAACUGCGGCUAGCUCUUUUGGACUACCUACAUACGAAUGGGCUGGAAAAAACCUUCACCGCGUUGCAAAGCGAGGCGGGCCUCGCCCAGUACAGCGCCGACGGGAAGCAGAAGUACUCGGGCCUUCUGGAAAAGAAAUGGACGUCUAUAAUUCGGCUGCAGCGGAAGAUCAUGGAGCAGGAGACCAAGAUUGGGCAACUGGAGGAAGAGUUGUCGAAAGCUCCCACGAGACGGACAACCGAUACAGCCGACUGGAUACCACGGCCGCCACACAAGCACAACCUAGCAGGCCACAGAAGCCCCAUCACACGCGUUGCUUUCCAUCCGGUGUUUUCAAUCCUCGCCUCCGCUUCCGAAGAUGCGACUAUCAAGAUAUGGGAUUAUGAGUCAGGGACGUUUGAGAGGACGCUCAAAGGGCAUACAAAGUCUGUGCAGGAUAUCGCGUGGGAUGCGAAAGGUGGCCUACUGGUAUCAUGUGCGGCAGAUCUAUCGGUAAAGCUAUGGGAUGCGCAAGCGGACUACCAAUGCAUCAAAACACUACACGGACACGACCACAGCGUCUCCUCGGUCGCGUUCUCGCCUUCGGGAGACUUUAUAAUAUCAGCAUCUCGGGACCGUACAAUCAAAGUCUGGGCGGUUGAUACAGGAUACUGCGUGAAAACAUUCACGGGUCACUUGGACUGGGUCCGCCGCGCAAUAGUAAGCGCGGACGGGCGGUUAAUAGCAAGUUGUGCGAACGAUCAGACGAUCAUAAUAUGGGAUUUCGCAACGGGGGAGGCCAAAACGGAGCUGAGAGGGCAUGAGCAUGUGGUGGAAUCGAUAGCGUUUGCGCCUGUGGCUGCGUAUCCGUAUAUCAAGGCCUUGGCCGGGAAUCAGCAAAACGGCCUAAGCGACCCACCACCCCCCGGAACCCACCUCCUCUCCUGCUCCCGCGACAAAACCAUCCGGCUCUGGGACACAACCACCGGCCAACAACUGCACACAUUCACGGGUCACGACAACUGGGUUCGCGACGUGCUCGCACACCCCAACGGCCGGUACAUAUUUUCCGUGUCGGAUGAUAAAUCCCUACGGUGCUGGGAUCUGCAGCAGUCGGGGAGGUGUGCGCGGAGUUUGACGGAUGCGCAUGCGCAUUUUAUUACUUGUAUGGCGGUGCCUCCGGGUGGGAAUGUGCCGGUGUUGGCGACGGGUGGGGUGGAUUGUGGCGUACGGAUUUGGCCGUGCUCUUGAUGAGUGCCGCACGGCGGUUUCAUCUCUCCGACGACCGCUUGUAGCUAUCUGUAGGUAGCUGUGAACUUCCCAUGUUUAUCUACGUAGAAAUGUACUGUAUGUUACCGAUAAGCAGACUCAUCGAUGAGGGAAGCAAAAAUCACCCGGAUCGAGGGCGACUCAUACAAUAUGGCAUUCCAAAAUGCCUGAUAAAUAGACGAUUACGACCUUCACAUUACAUGCUCACAAUGUCCCGUAAAGUACAGAUUGUCCAUUCCUUAACCUGGCGUUAACAGACACCCUCAGCUAAGUCUCACUACGUUGCACCACCCUAUUACAUUGUCCCGAACGUCGACAAAGUGUCCCAUCUCUUACACAACAAAGCUCAUCCCACCCU